AAAACAUCUCAACUGAUAUAACAAACUUGCCCUGUAGGGUGAUGGAUUAAGCAGAAGGCUUGAAUCUAUGCUACUCCCUGUGUGGCCAUGCUCCCAUUGGAUCAACCCAACCAGAAGACAGAAGGCAAAGGAUUCCAGGUGAUACAGUCUGUAGAGGUCAGCCUCCUGGGGAACAAAGUAGGUCAGCAAGAGGCAGCAAAUGGACAUAGGAGAAGAAAUAGGAAUCACCUCAGGAUGCACGCGUCAUGAAAGAGGUCCAGAAGUCCUUAUGUGCUCACAGUGAGGAACAGAAGAGAUGGCUGAGAUGCAGGAAAAACACAGGAAGAGCCAAGACAGAAUGGCGUGGCAGGGGCUGGUGCUGGCUGCUUGCCUCCUCGCGCUCCCCUCCACCACAGCAGACUGCCUGUCCCAGUGCUCCUUGUGUGUUGUGAAGACCCAGGAUGGGCCCAAACCCAUCAACCCCCUGAUUUGCUCCCUGGAAUGCCAGGCCACCCUGCAGCCCGCUGAGGAGUGGGAGAGGUGCCAGGGCCUUCUGUCUUUCCUCACUCCCUUCACCCUCGGGCUUAAUGGCAAGGGAGACCUGGAGAGCAAGGCAGCUUUGGAAGAGCCCUAUAGUGAGCUGGCAAAGCACGCGGGGCCCUUCUUGAAGGAGCUGGAGAAAAACAGAUUCCUUCUCAGCACCCCAGCAGAGGAGAAUGAUCUGAGCAGCAGCCUGGCGGAGAAGCUCAGGGGUCUCUCUGGCAGGUUGGGGGAGGAAGCAGAGUCUGGGCUGAUGGGGGGGGCCCAGCCGAAUGGUGGUGACAUGGAGGCUGGAACACUGGAUUCCGGUGAGGAGGACCCCAAGGAGCAGGUCAAACGUUACGGCGGCUUUUUGCGCAAAUACCCCAAAAGGAGCUCAGAGGUGGGCUCGGAGCUCGGAGAUGGGGAUGGGGAUGGGGACGGGGACAAGGUGGGCCACGAGGACCUGUACAAACGCUAUGGGGGAUUCUUACGACGCAUCCGUCCCAAGCUCAAGUGGGACAACCAGAAGCGCUAUGGCGGUUUUCUCCGGCGCCAGUUCAAGGUGGUUACUCGGUCUCAGGAAGACCCCAAUGCCUAUUAUGAAGAGCUUUUUGAUGUGUAAACACCUCUCCAUCGUGGAGUUGAGUCAGGAGCUUCCCGUAAUGCCCUUCCAGAUUGGAGUGAACGCAUUCAUUUGCCCCUGUAGCCCCCAUCCCUACGCUCAUUUCAGCAUUGUCUAUAAGACAUCCAAACCUAGCCUGCCUCUCUUCUGCCUGGGUGCAGUGUUUGUCUGGGUCAGUGAGGAGGGAGGGUGGAGGUUCCCCUCUCCAAUAGGCUUAGCACUUGGCUCCGACCCUACACCUCUAAAACUACUACCAGCAGCAGCUUUUGGUAUCAAUCCCGUUCAUGUGACUCCCCAGUUCCAGGAAUCCAGACUGACCUCUUGAUCCCUCUGGAUCUAUGAUCAGGCAUUCUGAUCAAUGCCCCUCUCAGAAGAAAAAUGAGCAUUCCCCUUCUCAUGCAGAUAUAUUCAUUUAUAUAGUAUAUGCAUGUAUCAUAAAACAUACAAAAGGUAGAAAUUU